CGGAAGUUCUCAAAGAUGGCUGCUGUGACAGCUUUGGCUGUGCUGCGGCGACCGAUGAUGCGGUGGCCACAAUGGGCCUGCGCGGGGCCGGCUCGGUUCUGCGCUGCCGAAAGGAGCAUCCUCAGGCUUUCUGUUCGUUCAGGGACGGUCUGUAGGCCAAGCAGGCGCUGCAGUUCUACAGCGGAAGCAGCUGCCGCCAAAGCAGAGGACGACUCUUUUCUCCAGUGGCUCCUGCUUCUUAUCCCUGCUACUGCUUUUGGCCUGGGGACUUGGCAGGUCCAGCGUCGCAAAUGGAAGCUGAAACUGAUUGCAGAGUUAGAGUCCCGAGUCAUGGCUGAGCCCAUCCCUCUGCCUGCAGACCCAAUGGAACUGAAAAACCUGGAGUACAGGCCAGUAAAGGUCAAGGGACACUUUGACCACUCCAAAGAGUUGUACAUGAUGCCUCGGACCAUGGUGGACCCUGUCCGAGAGGCCCGUGAUGCUGCCAGACUAUCCUCAACUGAGAGUGGGGCCUAUGUAGUCACUCCUUUCCACUGCUCUGACUCGGGAGUCACCAUCCUGGUUAACAGAGGGUUUGUCCCCAGGAAGAAAGUGAAUCCAGAGACUAGGCAGAAAGGCCAGGUUCCUGGAGAAGUGGACCUAGUUGGCAUAGUGAGGCUAGCAGAAACCAGGAAGCCCUUUGUUCCUGAGAACAGUCCAGAAAAGAAUCACUGGCAUUAUCGGGACCUGGAGGCUAUGGCAAAGAUCACAGGCGCAGACCCCAUUUUCAUCGAUGCAGACUUCAAGAGUACAAGCCCUGGAGGACCUGUUGGCGGGCAGACCAGAGUGACUCUGCGGAAUGAGCACAUGCAGUACAUCAUCACCUGGUAUGGACUGUGUGCUGCCACAUCAUAUUUAUGGUUCCAAAAAUUUGCCCGUCGGACACCACGUGUGUGAACCUGCUCCUCACCAAAAGAUCGCCACAUAAAAUAAAGAUUCUGAUUUGUAGAAACUCUGGCCUUGGUCUUAAAACAUUUUAC